AUGCAGCAGAGAGCGGCACCUGCCUUCCCUCUAGUGGCUAUUUGGGAAGGCGCCUACCAGAACUCAGGCCAUUACAAGGUAUCUCACCAAGGAUCUUCUGCCGCAGGGUACUUUACUCCAGGCGUGAACAGUUUGGGGACAAGGCAUUGGAUAGGCGCCUUGUACGAGAUUAGGCAAGAUCUGAGCAUGCAGGAGACCAGUCUGCCGGCCACGAAUAGUAGUUGCGUAUCCACAAGACAUACAUAG